AAAAUACCAUAGCACACUCAGGGAAGUAAGACUGUAGAGGACUGUAUUGCUGAAUGUCGAAGUGUUUUGGUAAAAGUUUUCGUUUGAAAGGGAAAACAGGGCUCGUGUGAGGAUUCAUCAUGUCUCCGCUCAGAACUGGCUGCAUGAUGCUGCUGCUCCUGGUUGGACAAUCACUCGGGGCAUCUCCGUCAUUCAGCCUGGACUACAAGAAUGACUGCUUCCGUAAGGAUGGAGAAAGGUUUCGGUAUAUAUCAGGAAGCAUCCAUUACAGCAGGAUCCCCAGAGUCUACUGGAAAGAUCGGCUGCUCAAGAUGUACAUGGCAGGACUGAAUGCCAUCCAGACGUACAUUCCAUGGAACUACCAUGAAGAGUCUCCAGGCCGGUACAAUUUUAGUGGAGACAGAGAUGUGGAGUACUUCCUGAAGCUGGCCCAGGAGAUCGGUUUACUGGUCAUCCUUCGGCCAGGACCCUACAUAUGUGGGGAGUGGGACAUGGGUGGUCUGCCUGCCUGGCUUCUCAGCAAGAAAAACAUUGUGCUGCGAUCCUCAGAUCCAGAUUACAUCACAGCUGUAGAUAAAUGGAUGGGGAAGCUACUGCCUAUGAUGAAGCCUUAUCUCUAUCAGAAUGGUGGUCCCAUCAUCACUGUGCAGGUGGAGAAUGAAUACGGCAGUUACUUCGCCUGUGACUACAACUACAUGCGCCACCUGUCCAAGCUGUUCCGGUCCCACUUGGGUGACGAGGUGGUGCUGUUCACCACAGACGGGGCUGGAGUUGGCUACCUUAAGUGUGGUGCAAUACAAGGCCUCUAUGCUACUGUUGACUUUGGACCAGGGGCAAAUAUAACCGCUGCCUUCGAUGCACAGCGACACGCUGAGCCUCAUGGACCUCUGGUGAACUCUGAAUUUUACACUGGCUGGCUGGACCACUGGGGAUCAGCUCACUCCGUCGUGUCGCCUGCUGCGGUGGCCAAGUCCCUCAGUGAGAUGCUGGCGAGGGGAGCAAAUGUUAACUUGUACAUGUUCAUAGGAGGGACAAACUUUGGAUACUGGAAUGGCGCCAAUGACCCGUUCGACGCUCAGCCCACAAGCUACGACUACGAUGCCCCGCUCUCGGAAGCAGGAGACCUCACAGAGAAAUACUUUGCCAUUCGAGACGUGAUCAAAAUGUACCAUAAGAUACCAGAGGGACCAAUACCACCAACAACCCCAAAGUAUGCAUACGGUGUCGUUCCAAUGAAGAAGCUCCAGACUUUAUCAGACGCCUUAGAAAAACUGUCUUUCUCUGGUCCUGUCAAAGGCGUGUAUCCUCAGACUUUCAUCGACUUGAAUCAGGCGUUUGGGUACGUGCUCUAUAGGACCACUCUGCCUGUUAACUGCACCACGCCAACUCCGCUGUCAUCCCCACUGAACGGAGUCCACGAUAGAGCGUAUGUGUCAGUGGAUGGGGUGGCUGUGGGGAUUCUGGAAAGAAACAAAGUCAUUACCAUCAAUGUGACUGGGAAGGCUGGCAGUCAGGUUGACAUACUGGUGGAGAAUAUGGGCCGACUCAACUACGGAGGAUACAUCAACGAUGCAAAGGGUUUGCUGUCCAAUCUGACCCUUGGGAAGGACACACUCACCGACUGGAUCAUGUACAGUCUCAGUAUCGAUGAAGCAGUCAACCAGGGCCUCCUUGGGGAAAAAGAGCUCACACCAAAACGUCCAACUCAGGGCGCUGGUCUCUCCCCUCCAGCCUUCUAUGGUGGUAGUUUCAUCAUUCCUGACGGCAUCCCAUCCCUCCCUCAAGACACCUACAUCAUGCUGCCCAACUGGAGGAAGGGACAAAUCUGGAUUAAUGGCUUCAAUUUAGGACGUUACUGGCCGACCCGAGGUCCUCAGGUGACACUUUUUGUCCCUUUCAACAUCCUCAGCACAACUGCACCCAACAAUGUGACCAUCCUGGAGCUGGAAGGGGCGCCCUGCAGUCUCAAGCCCUGCACCGUGGAAUUCAGUAGCACCCCCAUCCUGAAUGCAACCGGCCAGUCUGACCACAAACUGCACUGGGGACAUUACACUAAAGAGGAUUUACUGUGAUGACAAGGGAACUCCAUGCUGCACAAAACGAAUCCAUUUGCACUAGACUCACUGAUGAACGAGUCCCAGAUCAGGACAUGAAUGAAAAUCAUCAUGUUUGAUUAUUUUAAAAGCGACAAGGUUAAUUUUGGGACAUGACAUGAUUGAAUGCGUCUUUUUAGCCAAAUCCUGUAUUUUCACAGCACAUUAACUGUGGGUACCUCUACCUCACUAAUUCAAUAGGACAUUUAUUUAAAGCCUCUUUUACUUGUCCUCUCAAAGGGAUUAUUGCUGAUUAAAGCACUGUCAUUUCAUGGCAAUGUGUAUUUUGGAGAGUGUUUUAUUUUUUAUGUGAAACACACAUCAGGGAAAACAAAUCCUCAAAAGCACGGCAAACAAUAGUGAAACUUUUGAUCUGUGACUUUUAUUCAUUUUGUAAAGAUUUCAAUGCACUCUGAAUCUGAUUUAAUACUUACAGUUUAUGUCUUUUAAAGCAAAAAAUAAAAAAGUGUCAUUU